CUGGUUUUCCAACCGCAAAAAUGCACCGAUCGAAUCUCCCCGACGGCAAUCAGAGGGUAUUAACAUUUUCUCCUCCAAAUCUCGGCCGCGAAAAUCUCCGUCGCCGAAGAAAAUGUCGGGCCGUAAAGAACGGCAAAAUUCGAGCAGGGAUUGUAUUGUGAGGAUUCCAUGUCCGUUGCCGAGCGGCGAAGAGCUUCAGAAUGUAUUCAAUAAAUUUGACGCCAACGGUGACGGCAAAAUAUCUCCGUCGGAGCUUGGCCAUGUCAUGCGGUCGCUGGGGCACGACGCGACGGAGGAUGAGGUGCAGUUGAUGAUGGCAGAGGCUGACUCGGACGGCGAUGGUUAUGUGGACUUGUCUGAAUUUGUUGCGCUCAAUACACGUGGCGUGGACAGUGCUGCGAGCCUGCGGGAUCUUAAAGAUGCCUUCAACAUGUUCGACAUCGACGGCAAUGGAUCCAUCUCUGCCGAUGAACUCAACAAAGUUUUAAGGAGGCUGGGAGAGACUUCCAGUUUGGAUGAGUGUAAUCACAUGAUUCAAGGCGUCGAUGCUGACGGGGACGGCCAGGUCAGCUUCGACGAAUUCAUUACAAUGAUGUCAAGUCCUGUUGCAGUGCAAGACAGUUAGCGUCGAUGCUGACGGGGACGGCCAGGUCAGCUUCGACGAAUUCAUUACAAUGAUGUCAAUUCCUGUUGCAGUGCAAGACAGUUAGCUCUGAUCUGCGUUUCUUUACAGACUGAGAGAAUGUCGGUUGUUUGAAAUUCACCCAGAGAAAAUAUCAAAAGCGAAUUGCUUUGUUAAGCCAAGAAUUGUAGAUAUGGCAUUUGAUUCUCCCGCUGUGGUGAUUGUAAAUAUCUAGUGGUUGUAUUAUUCAAUGUUAUUCUUUAUUUUUUCUGUGAUUAUAGAAGGUAAUUGUGUAUCA